AAUUGGUUUUUCCUCUUGCUUAUCAGUUAAUUUUGGUCUGUUUCUCCAAGGUUCUGGUCUGUCAUUUCUUGUGUCUCUAUUGUCUCCUAUCUUCAAUUUGAUUGACUUUGGCUGGAUAUUCACCAGUAAAUAAUCAACCAAAUGCAUGUGAAUAUCAAAUGAUGAAGUUGCUCAAGACAUUUGCUGAAUGUCAAGUCUGAGGUUCCUCGGCUAUUACUGAAAUGCUCAGUAGGAGCUAUUGCUCUGGCAAUGACCUUAUUAUUUUAGUAGAGAUUCCUUAUAAUUCGCGAUGCAAUUAGUAUCAAAUGAUAGUCAAAAGGAAGAUAUUUCAGAAAGUGAACCCAUCUUAUGCCAGUCUGAUAUUUCGCAAAGAUCGGAAGAAUGUUCAUCUUCGUGUGAAAUUACAGCCAUUGGGGGGGAUUCUGUUGUUGUUGAUGAUGAUUUGGAAGAUAUUAACGUUGAUGAAACUUGCCAUCUGGUGAAUGCAGACCACCCGCAAUGCCGUAUAUGCCUCGAUAUUGGAGGUGAUGACUUAAUCGCACCGUGCCACUGCAAGGGCACUCAGAAGUAUGUCCAUAGAUCCUGUCUUGAUAACUGGAGAUCAACCAAGGAGGGCUUUGCAUUUGCUCACUGUACAGAGUGCAGGGCGCUGUUCAUAUUACGUGCGAAUGUCCCACCUGAUCGCUGGUGGUUGAGAUUGAAAUUUCAGUUCCUUGUUGCAAGGGACCAUGCAUUCAUCUUUGUAAUUGUUCAGCUGAUUGUGGCAUUCCUAGGAGUGCUGGUCUACAAGUUUUAUGGGGAGGAACUAAGAGAAAUGUUUGGCUAUGAUGAACAUCCUUAUGGGUUCUAUGCUAUGGCUGUUUUAGCAAUUGUUUUGGUGGGUUUGCUUUAUGGUUUCUUCAUUGCUAUUAUAUGUGGACAGAGGAUCAAUGAACGACAUUAUCAUGUUCUUGCGAAACAAGAAUUAACAAAGGAAUACGUAGUUGAAGACCGAGAAGAUAAUAAGAAUAUCCCGGAAUUGGACCCCAGCCAUGUGACAGAGCUAAGAAUGUUAGGCCUCUAUUAAUUUGGUAGGCUGUGCAUUUCAUUUGUUAUCCCGGGUUUUGGUUCAUGAUUAUGGCUGGUGGCAUUCUUGAUAUAAGAAUUCAAAACCUUAGCAACCAUUGAUCCGGAAGUUGAGACAAGUUGGGCUGGCUAUUUAUGUGAAACUGAGCUAUGUGCAUUAGCCUUUCCUUCGACUUGCAAGGCCUUGGAAAGUUAGUUUGUCCUUUGAAUACCUUCAUCUGUGUAAGUGUUUGUGCAAUAGUCAUUGGCUUCAUUGGGAUAUAUUUGUUAUACCUUUCUGUUUUUUGUACAGAUGAUAAGAGAAAUAUGCGCAAAUGAUUUUUUCUUUUUCAUGUUUUUCAUAGUUUCAAAAUGGCUAAGUUCUUGAUAUUACCGAAAA